UUGCAGUUAUGGAGUUGCGAUGCUGAAUCCUAUGCUCAGUCGCACGCUGAUUCGUGUAAUCAAGCCUUACAACCAGUGGAUGUUCAUCCCGGUCACAAAGAGAACGUCUAUAGAUACAGCGGAUCAGGAGACCCUGCAGGAGCUGCUGAAGCGGCUAUGAAUAACUGGUGGAGUCAGUUGGCGAGGAACGGCGUCCCAUCAAACAUGCAGUACACACCGCUGGUUGCGAGCCAAGGUGCGACUUCAUUCACAAAGGUAAGCUUCUGGCAGGAAGCGACUAUUUGUUACGCCUUUGUGGCUACGGGAUGCGCGGCAGAUGCGACUCAACAGGGCCUCAGAAAUUCGGAGCUCCUCGAUCCGCGCUCUCCUCCCCCCCCCUUUGGUGGCUGCUCCAUCCAAUGA